AUGGCGGGCAUGUGGUAUUCGGACGAGGGCGUGCGUGACUUCAAGUGGAUCAGCACGUCCAACAACCUCUGCUUGCUCUACCCCGACGCCCUCGCCGACCAGCAGGACCAAUCCUGGUGCUCUCUCUCGCCCCGAGAGGCACAGGCUGCCACAGACAGAGAGGCCACUAUGAGGCGCGAUGUGGUGCGGUUGAGCGGGGUGGAGGAGGGGGAAGGGGGAGUGGGGGGAGUGGAUGGGCGGAAAGGGGGUGCGGGGCGGGGUAGGAAGGGGAGUGGGGUGGGGAAGGAGAGGUAUGGUGGGAGGGUGGAUUGGAGGGAGGAGGAGGAGGAGGGGGAUUGGAGGGAUGGCAGUCGAGUGCGGUAUUCAGCUGACGAAGGGGAGGAGGGUGAGGAGCGAGGUACCUACAUGGACAAGAGGCGACGCCUCGUAUCCGCAUCCGAGCACAAACCCACCUUUCCCACAACCCUGUCCCCUCCCAACACAAAACCAAGCCUUCAUCCACCUAAUCACCACCAGCCACACCCCAGAAGCAGCAACAACAGACUGCAUCACCCAUACCCAUGGCGUUGUGGGGGUUUGAGAAUGAGGCGCCGGGGUUCACGGACAAGUUUGACGAGGAGCUGCACGACAUCACCGACAUCAAGCGCUGUGACACCCCGCGUGUACGGCCGCUUCGAGAGCCCCUGUGCUGUCACGCGCUACCUCAACCUCAGCGCCGUGGCUAGAAGAGCAUGUCUGGCCAAGUGGCCGCGCAGAGGGCGGAUGGAGAAGGUGGGGUAUGUGCCGCGGCACGGCACGUACAUGGGGGGCUUUGGCGAGGCUGUGGUGCCGCUCAUGCAGGCCGCUGGUGAGUGCAAGGUGGUGGUGCGUGCAGGGUGGUGGUGA